UUAAACAAAAUAUGUCGGAUGUCGUAACAGCUGGAUGUCAAAAGUGUACUGACAAAAAUAUUUCUUUUACAUUAUCAAUACAAUAUUAUGGGUGACGAUAAUUUAAAUUCUAGUUCAAAAUGUGAUUCAAAUAAGUGCAAUGUUAUAAUUAUUGGCGGCGGGAUUGCUGGACUAUCCGCCGCCAAUCAUUUUGUUAAAAAUGGUAUGGAGGACUUCAUCAUUUUAGAAGCGAGGAAACGUAUCGGUGGCCGAAUAAUAUCUAUACCAAUGAAGAACCACAAUGUUGAGUUGGGAGCUAAUUGGAUACACGGUGUAUUGAGUAAUCCUAUAUUUGAAUUGGCAAUGGCAAAUAGUCUAGUAAAUAUUAUAAACAUACCAAAACCGCACAAAGUUAUAGCGGCUACUGAAGACGGCAAACAAGUACCGUUUGGUGUACUUCAUGAGAUACACGAGGCCUACGUGUGCUUUCUAAGACGUUGCGAAGAAUAUUUCCUUUGUCAAUACCUUCCUCCACCCGAUAUUCACAGUGUCGGUGAACACAUUAACUUGGAAGCUACCAUAUAUUUAGAACGUUUACCUUCAUCUGAGGAGAAAAAAUUAAGACGUCUAAUUUUUGAUUGCCUUCUGAAACGAGAAACCUGUAUAUCUGGAUGCAAUAGUAUGGAUGAAAUUGACCUGUUGGAGAUAGGUAGUUAUACAGAAUUACAAGGAGGCAAUAUAAUGAUUCCUAAAGGCUUUAGCUCUCUUUUGGAACCACUAAAAGAAAAAAUACCUCCAGAAAAAAUCAUAGCAAAUUGUCCAGUGACAAAAAUUAUAUGGGAUACAGAUCAGCAUGGCUCAAAACAAGCAGAUGAUGUAGGUGAAGAAUCAGAAGACUCAGACCAAACUGUGAUAGAAGACAUUUCUAAAAGUAAUAAUCCGGUUAAUGACAAUCAAUCUCAUCCAAGUGAAGGGUCUGUAUUAAAUGAAAAUGCCCAAAAACCAAAGAAGAAAGGCAUAAAAUAUGUUGAAGUUGAGUGUGAAGAUGGAAAGAGUUAUUUGGCAAACCAUGUGAUAUGUACUAUUCCAUUAGGUGUUUUGAAAGAAAAUGCUUCCAAUUUGUUUGAACCUCCUUUGCCUCAGUAUAAAAUUGAAGCUGUUGAACGGUUAUUGUUUGGAACUGUAGACAAAAUUUAUUUGGAAUAUGAAAGACCCUUUUUAAAUCCAGAAGUAACAGAGAUCAUGUUGUUGUGGGAAAGCACACCUGUGCCAGAAGACAUUUCAGAAUCUUGGUAUAAAAAAAUAUACUCAUUUAGUAAAGUCUCAGAGACUCUUCUUUUAGGCUGGGUAUCUGGAAAAGAAGCAGAAUACAUGGAGUCUUUAUCAAUGGAAGAAGUUGGAUCCACAUGCACAACUAUUUUAAGAAAAUUUUUGAAUGAUCCCUUUGUUCCAGAGCCUCAAAAAUGUGUUUGUACAAGUUGGCACAAACAGCCAUACACAAGAGGAUCAUACACUGCUAUUGCAGUAGGCGCCAGCCAAAGCGAUAUUGAAAGUUUAGCUCAGCCAUUAUUUAGAAAUGUUCAUGACAAAAAGCCUGUGUUGCUUUUUGCCGGAGAGCAUACACACAGCAGCUUCUAUUCCACAGCCCAUGGUGCGUAUUUAUCAGGCCAGACGGCAGCCAAGCGACUGAUGGCUACUGAUGAACCAGAAAACAUCCUUGAAUGCCCUGGUUCAGCUGAUCUCAAUGCAUGGAUACAGGGAAUACAACUUGAAGGUUAACAGGAUAAAUGAAUUAACAUUAUAUAAUAACUGCUCCUGAUUUAAAGUAUCCUCAACUAGAUUUAUUAAAAAGAUCAAGUUCAUAUUCCGCUUUUGA